ACCCAUUGGAGAACCUUCGCCUGCCUUUCGAACGAGCUGAUGGGAAAGCUUUUAGAGAUUCAGUGAUCGGGAGAUCCUGCGCAAGUAUACUGCAUUGACAAGGUCUCGCUUGCCCUCUACGCCGAACGGGUAACGAGCGCAACCCAUUUGGCCGUCUCCCCAGUCGCCAGGAACGUGCUCUUGUCGAUCUAUCGAUCAAAGCUGCGACAGCUUGGCCUUCCUUCUCUCCCCCCUUGAGCGCUGGUCGCUUGGCAAGUUGUCGUUGCUCAACAUUACGCUGAAAUUGUACUACCGGCUUAACGCUUGAGCUUAUAUUGGAAUCAGUGUGCUGACGCCUGAAGCCUCUUUGGGCAUCCUAAUCUGGCUUGACCCUCCCACGCCUACUGCCGCUAUAUUCGAUAAUCGAUAUACGUGGAGGUUUGGAUUGAAGAGAAAAUUACGCUGCCCCUUUUAAGAAAGGCUUUGGGGCCUUGAUUGCACAAUGGCGGAAGUGCCUGAAGGAUCAGCGCCGGUGGACACUGUGGAAGAAAAAACUUUGGAAAAACACGAGUCACAGAGUGAGGCAGAUACGUCGGAUAAGGAUACAAAGCAAAGUUCUCCUGGGGACGGAGAGGAAAAGGAUACCGCUGAAAGUGAAGCCGCACCUGUCGAGUCCUUGCGAUGUGUAAAAGUCUUUGAGCUAGACACAGAUGGGAAGUGGUCGGAUAAAGGAACUGGAGUUGUGGAAUGUGUAUAUGUGGAGCCUAAGGAAGCGAUGUGUUUGGUGGUCCGCUCGGAUCGAGACAAUACUGUGCUGAUGAAUUCGACCAUUCGCAAUGGUGUAAAUUAUGUUCGUCAACAAGAUACCCUCAUUGUCUGGACGGAGCCAAAUGGCCAGGACCUAGCACUUAGUUUUCAAGCGGCGGCAGGGUGUACAAAUCUCUGGGACGAACUAGAUCGAAUCAAAGAGCGGCAGGCUGCUGAUAAACACGAUAUCGAUCAGCUACCGAAUACCCAUGAGCAUGACGAAGAGGCAACCACAGAAGAUUAUCAAGGACCACGCGAGUUGGAUCUGCCAGAUCCCGAACUAGCCAAUCUCAAAUACUUGGAAGAGCUGGUAUUUCGAGCAGCCAGGAGUGUGUUUGGAAGAGAUCUUCUUUUGCAAGCUGUAGAGCGAACGAAUUUUAUUCGAAAACUGCUCCCGGUGUUUGAGACAAGUGAAGAUUUAGAAGAUAUGGAGAGCCUGUACGCGCUGUCGAGUAUAUUACGGUCAUUAAUAUUUUUAAAUGAGGGAACCAUUUUUGAGUUGAUUCUCAGUGAUGAACUCUUCACGAGCGUGCUUGGAAUACUAGAAUACGAUCGGGAGUUUCCAAACAUGAAAGCGGAACACCGUGAACACUUUGCAAAACACGCCCAAUUCAAACAGAUUGUACCGAUACGAAACUCUGAGAUACGCGCCAAAAUAAAUCAAACAUAUCGGGUCCAAUACCUGAAGGACGUUGCGCUUGCCCGUUUAUUAGACGAUGGCACUUUUUCCGCCCUAUUGUCGAUGACCUUUUUCAAUCAAACUGAGAUAAUCCAGUAUAUCAGGCAGGAUCCGACGUUUUUGAAAGAUGUCUUCGGACUUUUGAUGGCGCCGGAGACCCCGCAAGAGAAAAAAGGGGAUGCAAUCAUGUUUCUGCAUGAGCUUUGUUCGAUUACAAAGAAUUUGCAAUCCAUGAACCGAGGAUUGUUUUUUCGACAUUGUGACCCAGAUGCAUUUUAUCGGACUUUGAUCAAUCACGGGCUCUUCAAUGUUCUGAGCACCACGUUCUCCAAUGAGGAUGUUCGUGUUAGGACGGCCAUGACAGCGAUAACAGCACAUCUUCUAGAGCACGAUGCAAAUAUUGUCCGAACCAUGACUCAAGCACAAGUCAAGGCUGCGGACGGUCCCCCUUUCAUAGAAAUGCUGAUCGAUCGGCUACUAGAGGAGUCGGAUGCGGGUCUACGAUCACAAUACGCAGAGAUGAUUCGCAUUUUACUGGAUACCGCACCAUUAGAUACGUCUGAGGGCAUUGUUCCGCACCUCCCGUCUUCGGAACAUGCCGUAGAUAACUUUUUACAGCUUUUCUACGACAACUGGGUGGCAAAGCUCGUGAAACCUGUCCUGCAGCUUAAUACCGAAGGGCACAUGAAGGCAAGACCUGACGGCCUGGAAAUCUUUGAGCUUGAUCCUGACCAAGCGGCCGUGUGCAAUCAUAUUUGCGAAUUGCUUUGCUUCAUGAUUAAGCAGCAUCCUGUGCGUUGCCCGUACCUCUUUACCACGACCGACAUUGCAUCCAAAGUUGCACUGCUACUUCGAUCAAAGGAGACAUAUUUACGUCUUUCUGCCCUUCGAGUUUUUCGAGUAUGCAUCGGAAUGAAAGACGUGUUUUGGCAUCGACUGCUGAUCAAAAAGGACAUUUUCAAAAAUGUUCUUACAGCGUUCUUCGAAACAAAGUCAAAAUAUAAUUUGCUCAACUCGGCAUGUUUAGAGCUAUUUGAAUUUAUUCGAAAAGAAAACCUGAAACCCCUUGUUGCGCAUGUGGUCACAAACUACAGGAAGCAGAUUGAGGAAGUGGACUAUGUGGAUACUUUCAAGGCCUUGAUCCUGAGAUAUGAACAAAACAUUGAGCCGCAGCCCAAUGGCGGGGAGAGUUCAGAAGAGCCGACUCACGACAAGCAAAAAGCGCGCGAUGGCUGGAAUCGGACGGACGAUGCAGAGGAAGCGUACUUCAAUACGUCAGAUGAAGAUGAGGACGGAAACAGCUCUGGCACAGUCGUGAACGGAAAUUCCACUCGGGACAAGAAAACGUCAAGCAGUAAGCUUUCGCCGCGCCGUGGGAAUAUUGAAUUUGUGCGCGCUUCGCCAGAUCUAUUACCACCACGACCAUUGGUUGACUAUCCUGAUGACGACGACGAUGAUGUGAUCGGGGCAUUGGCAACUAAGGGCAAGACGGGUAGUCCUACUGCUUCGUCGAAACUCUCAUCAAAGGUGUCUCCAGUGGUGUCGGCCCCAGUAAAGAUUAAUUUUACACUUGGAGGACCAAGAAGAGAAAAGAGGACGCGGGACGAUGAAGAAAUGGCAAAAGGGCAAGCAACUAAGAAGGAAAAAGUUGCAGACGUAAUUGUUGAAACAACGGCAGAUGCAAAUGAGUCAGCAACUGCUGGCAGGGAAGAAAAGAAGAGUAAUGGCAAGCCGGGUGCAUUGAAGGAAAAUGCAGGAGCGGAAAAGACCCUUGCGUUGGUGCAUGAAAGAGGUGACCCAGAAACUAAAGUGGAGUCUGAAGCAGGGCUGUCCAACGGCGAGGGCACCGCGACACCACCCACCGUGAACUCCACAGGGCGAAAUGCUACUAGCAAAGAAAAGGGGUGACGACACAAAUGCAUUAUCCGCGCCACUUUACGGGCUUUUCUUUACGAGAAGGAUGUAUUCGCAAUCGCGCUGUUGAUCGAGUAACCGAGAGAUGCGAUGGGAGUCUAAGCAUAUAUUUCACAGGGAAGUAGGGUUGCGGAGGAACGGUCAAUGGUCCCGCUAGGGGAAUAGGUGCUUGUAGAUGUAACUGUAAUUAUCAUGUCGUUUUGCCGGAAUCGUGUGACCGCGCCGUUUUAACUUAAAAACGAGGGAUGACACUCCAGUCGGGGAAACAAUAAUAGGAUGAUGUAGUAUCAGAAAUGUAUUUCUUUUGAAGGCAAUCUACAGGCACCAGCACUUUUUGCACGGAAAUAUAAUCUGUGGCUGUUUU